AUGGCUAUAACUCCUUUUUCAAUAAAUGCCAAACAAAUAGUUUUGUUAACAGUGAAGAGGGUCGUAGGGAUCGAGCAACAAGCCUUGUAUUCACAAACUCACGACUCUAUGAAUUCUUCUUCUUCGUUGGGGAACAUAAACUUUGAACUCACGACAACCCAAGGAACGAAGAGGGUCAGAACCUCCUCGGAAACACAGGAUCACAUAAUGUCGGAGAGAAGAAGGAGACAGCAAAUGGCAGAGAGAUUCAUAGCACUUUCAGCAAUUAUUCCUGGCUUGAAGAAGGAAUUAGACGAUGAGAAGGAUCCAUUAGAGUUGGAGGAGUGCCACACUGAGGACGAGGAGUUUCUGAGAGAUAUCUUGCAGCAGCCAGCGGUGUCUUCUGAAAGUGAAAGUCAACCUUUUGUGCAGUUGACCGCUGCCGCAGUUACAGACGGUGGUAGCAGUUUAUCUUCAGAUGAGAUGGUUGGGUCGGAAAGGCCUGGGAAAAGGACUCGUCUAUCUUCGUCUCCUCAACCAAGGGCGUACAUUUUAUCUUUCGAUAACUCUACCAUAAUACCAGCUACCCCUCAACCUCAACCUCAACCUCAUGCUCGCUCUUCUAAAUCUAAUGCCCCUUCCUCCAAAAAACGGGCCCUCCAAAAUCUCACCUUUCAAUCAAAGCCCAAGCCCAAGCCCACCCAUGGACCAAAGAAGAAUAGAACCGAUUCCCAGACUCUCGAUCACAUUAUGGCCGAGAGAAAACGGAGACAGGAACUCACUGAGAGAUUCAUCGCCCUUUCCGCCACUAUUCCCGCCUUGAAGAAGACGGACAAGAGUUCCAUACUUCGCGAAGCAAUUAAUUACGUAAAACAACUUCAAGAACGGGUGACGGAGCUAGAACAGCAAAACAAGAGAGGCAAAGACUCCAUAAUAAUCCUCAAGAGGACUGAUUUGUAUGCAAAUAAUGAAGAUAACACUUCAAGUGAAACAAAUUCUGAGGAUUGUUGUAGAACCAGCGAAAUGCUCCCUGAUAUUGAAGCAAGAAUGAUGGAGAAUGAGGUACUCAUUGAAAUCCAUUGUGAGAAGGAAGAUGGGGUAGAGCUCAAAAUACUGGAACAGCUUGAAAAUCUUCAUCUUAGUGUCACUGGCAGCAGUGUAUUACCCUUUGGGAAUUCAACUCUUGGCAUUACUAUUAUCGCUCAGAUGGGUGACGCCUACAGAACGACGGUGAAUGAUCUGGUGAAAAAUCUAAGGCACGUGCUGUCGAAUCACAUGACUAUGAAUCCUGAUCCGUACUAG